CCCCUGCUGCGCUCGGGACAGGGAGAGGUAGCCGGGCUGGGCAGGUCGCGCCUCUCCCCGCUCGCUUCCGCCCGCUCCUCCCAACCUCUUUAAGGCGAUCCGAGGGAAAGCUUGAGGGGGGUCGAGAGAGCGCUCCUUUCCCGUCUGGGAUCGGAGCGCUCCGAGACGCCACUCCGAGGUUUGCCGAGCGAUCAGCUGCGAGGGCAAGAGAGGCAACGGCCGAGCGGACUCUCGCUCACUUCCAGCUUCCCCGGCUCGCCGCUCCAAUCAGCUUCCAGGUGCUGCUCAGCCUCCGGACUGACCGAGCCGGCGCGCCGCCUAGCCCUGCCCGCGGCCGCCUUGACAUGCUGCCCAAAGUGGAGACGGAAGCCCUGGGAUUGGUCCGAUCGAAUGGGGAACGGGGGCACAUGCCGGAAAACAUGCAAGUGUCUCAGUUUAAAAUGGUGAAUUACUCUUAUGAUGAAGAUCUUGAAGAACUGUGUCCAGUCUGUGGAGAUAAAGUCUCUGGGUAUCACUAUGGACUCCUUACCUGUGAAAGUUGCAAGGGCUUCUUUAAGCGAACAGUCCAGAACAACAAAAGGUACACAUGUAUAGAAAAUCAAAGCUGCCAAAUUGACAAAACUCAAAGAAAACGCUGCCCUUAUUGUCGGUUUCAAAAAUGUCUAAGUGUUGGGAUGAAGUUGGAAGCUGUGAGAGCUGACCGAAUGCGUGGAGGUCGGAACAAAUUUGGACCCAUGUACAAGAGGGACAGGGCACUGAAGCAGCAGAAGAAAGCUCUCAUCCGAGCAAAUGGACUCAAAUUAGAAGCCAUGACUCAGGUGAUUCAAGCAAUGCCCACUGAUCUCACAAUAUCUUCUGCAAUUCAGAACAUCCAUUCUGCCUCCAAGGGCCUACCUCUGAACCAUACAGCCUUGCCUCCCACAGACUAUGACCGAAGUCCUUUUGUAACCUCUCCAAUUAGCAUGACAAUGCCACCACAUGGUAGCCUACAAGGUUAUCAGAGCUACAGUCACUUUCCAAGCCGUGCUAUCAAGUCUGAGUACCCUGACCCUUAUACUAGCUCUCCAGAGUCAAUAAUGGGCUACUCUUACAUGGAUGGUUACCAUCAGACCAGCUCACCAGCAAGUAUUCCUCAUCUGAUUUUGGAACUCUUGAAGUGUGAGCCAGAUGAGCCGCAAGUCCAAGCUAAGAUUAUGGCCUACUUGCAACAAGAGCAGGCCAACAGAAGCAAGCAUGAAAAGCUCAACACUUUUGGGCUUAUGUGCAAAAUGGCUGACCAAACCCUCUUCUCAAUUGUCGAGUGGGCUAGGAGUAGCAUAUUCUUCAGAGAACUUAAGGUUGAUGACCAAAUGAAGCUCCUUCAGAACUGUUGGAGUGAACUCUUAAUUCUAGAUCAUAUUUAUCGGCAAGUGGUACAUGGGAAGGAAGGCUCCAUCCUUCUAGUCACUGGGCAACAAGUGGAUUAUUCCGUAAUCGCAUCUCAAGCAGGUGCCACCCUCAACAGCCUCAUGAGCCAUGCACAGGAGCUGGUAGCUAAACUACGAUCUCUGCAGUUUGAUCUACGAGAAUUUGUGUGUCUCAAAUUUUUGGUGCUAUUCAGUUUAGAUGUCAAAAACCUAGAGAACUUCCAGCUGGUAGAAGGUGUUCAAGAGCAAGUGAAUGCUGCUUUGCUGGACUACACCAUGUGCAACUAUCCACAGCAGACAGACAAAUUUGGGCAGCUUCUCCUGCGACUCCCUGAAAUCCGGGCGAUCAGCAUGCAGGCUGAAGAGUACCUUUACUAUAAACACCUAAAUGGGGAUGUGCCAUGUAAUAACCUUCUCAUUGAAAUGCUGCAUGCAAAGAGAGCAUAAAUUGUAGCCUUUGAUACAACUUCUGCUUUUCCGAAAAGAAAAGAAAAAUACUCUAUAAAAGUUCUCCGAGUGACACCAGUUGAAAUAACUUGGUUUAAAGAAACUUUGCAAAAAAAAAAAAGAGUAAUGUUAUAAUAAUCAAAUACUAAUAGUAAAUCAGUGAUGUAUCAGGGUAUUUGCAUUGCCAACUGUGAAUGAAAUGCUACACAAUCUCCCCAAAGGAACUUGUAUAGGACUUUAAUCACUCGAAUAAAAGGAGUUUUACAAGCGGAAAGGCUACCGACAUCAAUAUCAAUAAAGGCAAAAAAAAAAAUGGAAAAGAAAGAACAAUGCUUAUACAUUUUUUUAAAAAAAACUUUGCCAGUUACCACUAUGAAUAAAUUUAGGAGCGAGUUUUAUCUGUGUUAUUCAGCUAACAGAUCAAAGGGAUCUGCAUGCACUACAACCCUUCACUGGUUAGCAGGAUUGAAAACACCUCUAAUGGAUGCAACACUGCAGUUUUCCCUGUGUCGUCUUUCCAAAGACUGAAUUCUUAUUUCUCCUUCCGAAAGGAAUCUGUAUAUCUACAUUAUAUUAAAAAAUCUGGAGUGAACCACACACUCACACGUGUACACACAUACAGAAUAGUGUCACAAGCAAGCAAAUAAAUACAGCCUGGAUUUUCGUCUGUCUGAGUCCAACCUGCAAAUAACAAACAUAAGAAAAAUUAUGAUGAUGAUGAUGACGAGAAAAUAAUUUUAUUCAUAAAGAUCAGCGUGACAUUCUUAAUGUUUUCUAUGGUUACUUUUGUCAUUGGGUUCAUGUUGUUCAGCCAGGCAGUAUCUCUCCUCUACCACGGGCCAAAUUUUGGAAAAAAGCUGCUCCAAAGCAAUUGAUAGUGGACUUUAAUUCCAGGUUCAAAUUAAACAUUACUGGAAUCACUUCUCAAAGCUUUUAGUGCCAGAUCAGCUUGUGUCUACUAUUUAACCUCCACCUAAAAUAAAACAUCAAGCAGUAGCAUCUCUUUACUUGUCACACUUGAACUCCAGUCUGGAUUCGGAGAGAAUUCAGAUUAAUGGAUUCAAUUAAUAUCCCACUGUCUGUCUUCACUGUGAUUUCUUUCUUUUCCCACAUAUAGCUCAGUUGGGGUUCUUCAUGAACCAUUUGCACAUGCAGUUCAAGAGUAGGAUAGCAUAACUUUGGAGUCUUCAGGUCAGGCACAAUCACUAUUGUAGGUUUAGCAUCCUGGUUUUCCUACUUGGCCUACAGAGCAAAGGAUUAAAGGUGACUAGAUGGCCAUGCUAGACAGUUGGCUGAAUUCACUGUCUGUCUAAUAAAAUCAGCUAUCGGAGCUGUGGGGUGGGGGACGAAUGUCAGAUAAAGGUACUGUCAGAUUUAAGGAAACCAUCUUCAGAUUGUUUUCCUGGGACUCUUAUUUUAGCAGGCCCUUGGCUCAAAGCUUAACUCAUGGCAAUGAGUUAAGGGGCAUGAUAUUAAAUUUCAGUGAACUUUUGUGGGAGGAAUAGGAGACAUUGUGAGAAAUUUAAAAUACCCAGAACCUUCCUAGACAAGUUGAUUAAGGAUGCUAGGUGCAGAAGAUAGUCAUGGACUUCUGAGCUGGCACAACCAAUGUUUGGUUUUAAUAUGCUUUUGUCAGAAUUUGGUCCUAACAGCUAUCCAUUUAUGACCUCACUAUAAACUCAUUUCUUCAUUCUGCUUUGAUUGCCUGUCCAGAUCUCUACGUCUCCUUUUUAAUCUCACAUUCUUGAUGUAUUUUUGAAAGGUCCAGAACUUCUCUUAUGCAAGGAGGCACAAUACACCAAGUAAUAUUCUCUUGUCCUCAAAGGUCCUUGUUUUUUUUGAAAGGCAACUGGACUGUGUUUUCCUUCAGGAGGAAGAAGAAAAUGUUUUGCUUCUUAUCCAAAAAUUUUUUUUUCUUCUUCCUCAAGGAAAAAACAACCCAGUUGCCUUUUGAAGAAAAAACAAUACCUUUGAAACAACUAUGACCUGGAUGACUGAGAAUCUCCACAAUAUUCUCUUGUCUGUUUCACCUUAUCCAUUCAGAAAACCAAGUUCUUCAGCUUUAUCUUACUUUGGGGUCAAAUAUUUUUGAAAGUAACAAGUUAGUCCUAUUGAUACAAAUAGAUAAACUGAUGAAAUCCAGCAGUUGGUUCUUAUUAGUGGUAGUUUGAAAAAUCUGCAUCCUUUUUGUAUAUCCUUUGGAACCAAAAACACAUUUUAAAAACAAGAAUUAAAGCAAAAAAUCUUUGGUGUGCUAAAUGAAGAGUGAUACUGCCAAAUCUAUGUAAAGCCAAAGUCCGCUGCAGAACAAAUAUCAGAGAAGGACAAAUAAUUCUAUCCAAAAUGAAGUUAUCAGUAUUAUGAAAUUUGCCACCGUAAUGAAAGCUUUGCCUUAUUUCAGAAUUUUGAAUGGUAACUGUACAAAUGUGGAUCUAAUAUGUUUAGGGUGGAAGUAUUAAUACUUUACAGUUUUGAAGAAAAUAAAGUUUAUUGUGUUUACAUUUGUGAGGUCCUGGGGGGAGGGGAAAAACCCAUGAUAAUAUUGCAAAACCAUGGUUUCCUUAAUGUUGCUUUCUAGCUUGGUAACUAGCUUUACCAGUACUUAAUUACUGUAUGUCGUGAGACACUAAAAUCAAAAGGAGAAUCUCAUGUAUGUGUUAAUUACUUUAUUUUUCUGUUUGGGUUAUUGGCUGUACAAUCAUUUGUAGAAAUUGUAUCAAACUUCUAAUCCACAAGCCUUGUUUAUUUGUCCAUUUGUUUUCAUGAAGAUUGCUGGCUUUUAAAUAGUUUAUUUAUAUUGUAUAACACCAUUUUCAUUGUAGACAAUUGUGAUGCUAAUUUAUUGUUCCUCGGUUUCAUCUUUAUAUAAAAAUAUAGGCAGAAUAAAGAAACCAAAUAUAUAUGUUUAUUACAGCAUGUCUUCAACUCGUAGUUCAUAGUUCAGGGACAUUCAAGGGACAUUUCAGUUUAAAAUCAGGUUUUUGAUUAAAUGUUUAUACAUUUUCAUAAUCCUAAAUGUUGUUUAUUUAAAAUCUAUUGUAAAUUUUGUGAUUAGCACUUCUCUUUGUUUUAUGUGAACAGAGAGAGGUGCACUCUUAUCUGGACAUUUUUUUUAAGCAGUGGACAUUGUAUACCAAAGACAAUACUUAGGUCUGUAGUAUUAGCAUUAGACUACUUUAUCACCAUGUGAAUUUGGUUGUUUUUAAAUGCCAGACUUUUAAUGGAGAGGGGGCAGAAGAGACAAAGGAUAAAUCAUCUUUGCUUAUAUAAAAGGAUAUUUCUUUGACUACAAAUAGUUACUCCUAUCUUAUUUCUGCAAUUGCCUGCUAUUAAUAACAUGGAUAAUUCAGUUGUACUGGGAGGCAACAUCAGUAGAAGUAGAAAUCAAAGUAGCAGCCUAAUAGUUAAGUCCCAGCUCAUUCAGUUCACUUUACAGAUGUGAAUGGGUUGGACUUCUGCAUAUUCAUGCAAAAUUAGAAACGUAUAAUAUGGUGAAAUGGGCUUCAAGAUAAAAUUGAGAAUGUACUAUUAAAAGAGAAAGCAAACUCAGAAGUUUCACAAAGUAAGCUAAGCUAUUGUCUGCAUACAACAUACCUCUUAGUAUCUAGGCCCACAGUAUAUUAAAUAAACUUUAUUUAAACUUGGUACCAAAAAGUCAAAUGUGCUCACCUUAUCGAAUGUUUUAAAUAUCUCCAUCUUCGAUGCCCUGCAUAUGUUAAUAUGGUUGAAGUAGUAUUGACAAUUAUUUUCUAAUUUCUCUAGAACGAGUCUAGAAUUCUUGUACAUGCCAUCAUAGUGGGGAUGUGAAGCUGAGAAAUUUGAUGAAGCCCAAUACUCUGGAAUUCUCCCAUGAUUCUCCAGUGGCAACUACUAACAGCUCUAUCUUAGGGAACUUAUGUUGAAAGUUCACUUUAUAUUUCCUAUAAAAACAAUAUGAUUGCUUUAAAAAUUCAAAUCAUCAUCUGUGGUAUUUAAGGUUAAUUGGAAAAUUAUUGAAUUCAGACUUUUCACAUGGGUGUCUUGUAAAAUCCUUAUUUUUUUUUAUUGAAGCACCAUGGCAGAUGUCAUUUUAAAGCUGAAAACCACUCACAGAGCACAAUUUUCAGUAGACACAACCAGAUCAUUCACGUGGAUAUUAAGAGCCAAGAAUGAUUAUUGGACAAAGUCACCUACAAUUAUCACACACAUUAGCCAAUAUCUGAGAUUCCAGGAAUUCAUCUGAUUGCCCAAGUUUGCAAAAUAAAUGUUAAUUGUUAACCACUUUGUAACAAAACAGUUAACUUACAAUUGCUUUAUUGAUUACAUAUUAGUAAAAGCAGACUAAAAUGCAAAGGUUUUGGCUUUGGCUGGUUUCUUAUUGUUGUUUCAGUGUUUGUAAUCAGACAACUGUAGUGUCUGAAUAUUUGUAUUACCAUUAUGUUCUGCAGCAACCUGGCAUUUGAAUCCAUGCAACUCUUUAAACUGUGCAGUUAGUUACUUGUUCUCUGAAUGUAUCUGUGAAGUUCAUGUUGUCUCAUGUCAGUCCUUGCCAGGAAUUUUCUCAACACUAAUGGAUUUUUAUUUCCAGAAUUUCAAUAAAUAUUGAUAUGGCCA